CAUGCCGAUUGCUCAGGGUGACGGAGAGCUUCCCGUCCCGGAGCCGCUGCGCAUGGCGCAGUAACGCCGCCAGCCCGCUUGGACGAGGAGCGCAGAUGUCUGCAGCCGGAGACGGCGCAUCCUAGCCAUCUUACAGACCAGUACAGCCAGACCAGACCGUUAGGAACAUGAACGAAGCCGUUAAAAGCCUCCCGUCACCCGUGUCUUCAGAUGUACAAGGUCCCGGUCCCGAUACCUACAAAGGAUGGCUAUUUAAAUGGACCAACUAUCUGAAAGGCUACCAGCGCAGGUGGUUCGUCCUGAGGAACGGGCUCCUGUCCUACUACAGGACUCAAGCGGAAAUGGCACACACCUGCCGUGGCACUAUCACCUUGGCGACGGUACACAUAGAAGUGGGCGACACCUGUCACCUGGUUUUGACGAGUGGGGGGCGGAGCUACCACCUGAAGGCCUGUUCGGAGGGGGAGUGCCAGCGGUGGGUCUCUGCUCUGCAGCAGGCCAAAGCGAACGCCACUCAAAUGAUGCACCAAUCAGAUGACUCUGGGGAUGAGGGCUCUGUAUCCCAGCCAGACCGUUCACUUACACAGGGUGCUUUAAAGACUCUGGCGACUAAGUUGGACGAUCUGAGCACGUGUAACGAGCUGAUUGGUAAACACGGAGCCGCCCUGCAACGCUCGCUGAGUGAACUAGAGGACCUGCGCUCGCCUGGCGACGGUGCCGACAAACUCAAAACCAUCAACGAGCGUGCCACGCUCUUCCGCAUUACCUCCAAUGCUAUGAUCAAUGCUUGCCGGGACUUUGUGGACCUAGCGGAGGCACACACUCGGAGGUGGCAGCGUGCGCUGCAGUAUGAGAGAGACCAGCGCCGCCAUCUGGAGGAGACCAUUGAGCAGCUAGCCAAGCAGCAUAACAGCCUGGAGAGAGCGUGGCGUGAGACGCCGAGCACACACUCACAGGGGUCUGAGCAGACAGGGGAUGUGGACACUAGUGAUGACAAUGAAGAUGUAGAAUUCUUCGAUGCCAUGGAGGACUCAACUGCUUUCAUCACAGUGCCAGCAUCCAAUCACACGCAGCGUGGAACCUUAAGUGGCAGUGGUAACCAGAGCAUGACCGGAACUUUGCCCAAUAACUGGUGUCAAGAGGACAAUCUGAUUCAGUCUGACUCAGAACCUUCAGGCUCAUAUUCCCUGCAGCAGCGCAGAGGCAGACGCAGUCAUAUCCCCGACAAACCCAACUACUCCCUCAACCUCUGGAGCAUAAUGAAGAACUGUAUCGGGAAGGAGCUCUCCAAGAUCCCCAUGCCUGUGAACUUUAACGAGCCCCUGUCCAUGCUGCAGAGACUGACGGAGGAUCUGGAAUACAGUGAUCUGCUGGACCGGGCGGCGCUCUGCUCCUCCGCCCUCCAGCAGCUCAGCUUGGUCGCUGCCUUCUCUGUGUCCUCCUACUCCACCACGGUGCACCGCACGGGCAAACCCUUCAACCCGCUGCUGGGAGAGACCUACGAGCUCGACCGCCUCCAAGAAUAUGGCUACCGAUCCAUCUGUGAACAGGUUAGCCACCACCCCCCUGCAGCGGCGCACCAUGUGACUUCUCAGCGCGGUUGGACCCUGUGGCAGGAGAUCACCAUCGACAGCAAGUUCCGGGGCAAAUACAUUUCCAUCAUGCCACUGGGCCGUAUUCACCUGGUCUUCCACUCCAGUGGGAACCACUACGUGUGGAGUAAGGUCACGUCUACCGUGCAUAACAUCAUCGUAGGCAAACUCUGGAUCGACCAGUCUGGCGACAUUGAGAUCGUAAACCGCAGGACGAAGGACACCUGCCACCUUAAGUUCUCCCCUUACAGCUAUUUCUCCCGGGACAUCCCGCGCAAGGUGACAGGGGUUGUGGCGGACAGUGAUGGUGUGGCCCACUACAUCCUGUCGGGCACGUGGGAUGGUAAAAUGGAGAGUGCCAAGAUCGUGGAGAGCAGUCGUGACUGUGGGGGGUCAGAGGGCAAACUGAAGACCGUCUACCAGACACUUCCUCCCAAGCUUCUCUGGAAGAAAUACCCGCUACCUGAAAAUGCCGAGAACAUGUAUUUCUUCUCCUCUCUGGCACUCACCCUCAACGAGCCGGAGGAGGGUAUGGCUCCCACGGACAGCCGACUGCGGCCGGACCAACGACUGAUGGAAGCGGGGCUCUGGGAUGAGGCCAACGCCCAGAAACAGCGGCUGGAGGAGCAACAAAGGCUGGAGAGGAGGAGGAGAGAGGCGCAGGCCAACCUCGCCGUGGAGGAGAGUCAGGAGGCGGAGGUCUACCAGCCGCUGUGGUUCGAGAAGAGGGCGGACUCAGAGACUGGAGAGAGCAGCUAUGUGUACAGAGGCGGAUACUGGGAGGCCAAAGAGAAGCAGGACUGGGCUCAGUGUCCAACCAUCUUCUGAGGGAUUCGGACUGCACCACUUCUCUCUCAUACAGAUGGCCUGCAGUGGAAGAGCAAAGCACAUGCCAUGAUCUCCUGCGCGCGUGUGUGUGUGUGUGUGUGUGUUUAGGUCAAGGCAGGUGUUGAACAGAGGGGUCUUAAGGAACCUAAAUAUAAAGAUUCUGUUUAGAAAUCAUGUCAUAUUCACUUAUGUGUUUGAAGAGUGUGUGUGUGUCAGGGGAUGAGACUGCCGUAUGGGAGAUGAUUUAUGUGAGCAUGGCCGACUCAGCACUUUCCUCAGGAUUAUGUGAGCUACAUUUAAACUGUCGGACUCGGACCAGUACAGAACAGGGUGAGAUUCUCCCAAAAUUGAGAAAGUCUUAAAACAGGACUGUUGGCAUCACCUCCCACACUGGUCAAACAUGUCGGGCGUUUAACCAAACAAUGAAAGCACACACAAUAAUUACAGAGUCGUUUCUCUCUUUGGGGGACCAAAUUGACACUUUGCACCUUGGCUAAGAGUUGCAUACCAGCUCUAAACUAAAUUUGGUUUGUUGUAGAAUUUACUGUAAUUCUACUUAGUAUUUCAUAGCCAAAGGAGUUUACGGGCACUAUGUCUGGUUCUGAGGCCCCACAGUGGAGAUGUAGCGCUGGGUCUGAGGACCUAGUAAUUGAAGACCUGGACCUCAGUGAUUAGAUUGCAAUAGUUGUGUCUUAUUGGCAGACACAACAGGACGUCCCUUGCUUAGAUUCCAGUGUUAUUGGCUAGCUGUCCCCAGGCCCCACCCACAUUCUGCCCAUUUUCCUGUUCACUCUCUGACCCUGCUGAAGAUACAGCGCAGGUGUCAGCGGAGCUAUGUCAGGAGUUCCCGGGGAGGCCAACAGCGUUGCAGGGUGUAGUGUUUUCCCCUGCUGUAACACACCUGGCUGUCCUCAGCUAGCUCGUAAGCCUUUCUGGAGCAAAGUUGGGUGUGUUAGACGCAGGCACAGGUGCUGAACCGGUCGCUGAAGCACAUACCGUCACUUACAGGGAACACAGAGGUGUCUAGAGGUGACUGUGCUUAUCUAAAACCGAAGUAAAAGGUUUAAAGGAGAACCUCACAUUGUGACAAUCGGUAUGCUCAGAUUGAGAACUCAGUAGAAACACAAUUUCAGUAGGAUACUGACUUGAAUCUGAGCUGGUUAAACUGAUAACCUUUGUGCUAAAAAGACAGGACAACAAAGAAACACGCAUUCUUCCUCCAGAUGUUGAAAACAUGCCGCGUGCGUGCUGGCUCCAGUUAUGUCAGAGUUCAGUUGCAGAGGGCCACAGGACUGCAGAGUUCAGAGUUCUCCAGACUCCCAGCCUGCUUCAGCUUGUCCACUGAGCAUAUCAACUUCCAGAACCUUGUUUCACGAAUGUGGGUGUGAUAAAGUAAGCACUAUAUUAAAGGAAACACUAUUAAAGUAAACACUCUAUUAAAGGAAACACUAUUAAAGGAAACACUAUAUUCUGGUUGGCUGCCACCUUCUGUUGUCUGGGUUCACCAGGUCACACAGUGGAUUCAACAGAGCAAAGCCCCUUCCUAAGGAAGUGAACUGGGAUGUUCUGGAGUGCAGGGCACUGAUGCCAGACUCACCAUGGACUGGGUUUGCUGUCCACACAUGCUGACAUCAAACUGUGAUUCAUUUGUUAAAACACAAACUAAAUAUGUAGAUGUCUACUGUGAAUUGAUGGGUCGUGUUGAAACAGGCUGGUUAAAGCAGGGCGCUAACAAGCCCCUGGUGUUUGGAGGCAGCCGCGGCCUCGACUCGCCCCGGCUAUGCUGUUCUAGCAUGUGUUGUCAGCAUACUUUGUAUAUGUGCCUUUGCACCUGAGCUCAGGGACACUCUGAACUGGUGCGGCAUGUACAGGCCGCGCGAGCACACGGUAUGCUUUACCUGUAGCGCUCGCUCAGUAGUCUAGGUUAUAAUGUGGGUUCACCAAGUGUGGUUUUGGCUGAAUAUCACAUUUAAAUGAAAACUAUAAAAAGCAAUCACUAUGUUGUAGUCCUUUGUGGUCUUUAAUGAAAGAAAAAUGACAUUGUGAUUUUAUGACUUUCCAAUUCUCUUCAUCCAAUGCAUGCAUAAUAAGCAUCAUAUAAUUGUUAUAGUACAGAAUAAUGUAAGCAGUAUUAAAGAAUAAUGUAAACACUAAAAUCACAAAAGUUCCCCAGUCAGAAAAAUUCUAUUAAAAAUACAACAUAACAGUUCAUAUAAUGAUUGUCAAAAAACAACCAAACCAUGAAUAAAACCAUGAAUAAAAUACAAUUCUACACUUUUUUAACAUGGGACAGCAUCACGUUAAUGUGUUUUUUAAUGUAGUGUUCCUAAAGUUCGAGAGCAGCAGAACUAAACUCAGAACAGCAGAACUAAACUCAGUUAGAGAGCAGCAGAACUAAACUCAGAACAGCAGAACUAAACUCAGAGCAGCACAACUAAACUCAGGGGUGCGAGCUCCAAGAAGCAAGCAAGCGCACGCACAC